AUGCAACCUUCCGGCAUUGCCAGCGGCUCUUCUACAUUGUCACAUCCCCUGCCACCACCUUUGGCCACUGAAGCCCCAGUUGAACCACCUCUUGAUGACAUCCUCACUGGACUUAGCAUGCAGCUCCAGCACCACCACCAAAAUGUUUCAGACCAGUGCCUCGCAAAAGGUCGAUUGCAGAAUGGAGCCCUUCAGCAUGCUAUGACUGAAAAACAGUCAAACCAUGGUUUACAUGCAGCAUACCAGCAGAGAAUUGCCACUGUCCAAGGCCAAACAAUUAGGGUUGAUGUUCUUGGUUUUUGCACUGAGAAAAAUAAGUUGGUGCAGCUCAACCCCUUGCGACUCAAUGAAACUUAUGAAAAUAAGGCUUAUGUAUCCGUGGUGGAGGCCGACCUUCUGUUCAAAUUUUGUCAAAGUCAUAGUAAAUUAUAUCUGUUAUUGCCAGAGGUCAAAAGCGACAUCCUGACAUUCUACUGGCAUGUGAAUUAUAAACGGCCCAGAUAUGUGAUACUCUCGAUAUCGGAGUGGAGGGGGAAUAUGAUUGCUGAGUUAUUUAAUCACCUCGCACUUAAGCAUCACAUCAGUGCAGAUGAUGUCAAGGAGCAGCAGAUCACUUUGCACAUCUGCUCUAACUUGACUGACCCUGUGUCAGGGCACACACCCUGA